AUGACAGUAGUUAUUGUUAUUGCCUUCUGUGUACUGGCGAUUUUCUUGGAGUUCGGCGUAGUCAUUGCCAUAAUGAAGUUUGGCGACCGUCUCGGUGCAAUAGGAAAGUUCAUGAAGAACUUUGUUUUGAAUGUGAAGGAAGGUGAAGAAGCACAUCUCAAAAUGCAAUAUUCGUUUAUAUUCAGACGCCAUCGAAAGGAAAGCUGGGAUAUUGCGGCUGCUAAUGCGAGAGUUGAGAGAAUCACAGGAGUGGAGCUUGGUUUUCAUAACAACGAAUACUGCUUCUCUCAAGAACAGCCGCUGGGUCACGUGAACUCUGACAUGAAUGGCAAUGGGCAUAUCACAAACGAAUAG